CUGCUAUUGACAAAAAUGAUGGAAAACGGUGAAUUUAAGAGACACAGUAGUUUAAAAAGUCCAAAUCCAAAAAGACCUUUGUUAGAAUCUAAAAGAGUAGGACGCGAACGCUGUCAUAGCUAUCAUGCAGGAACCCCUGAACAUCCAAAACCGAAAAUAUCUCGUUUGGGAAUAUCAAAGAUGUCGUUUAGGGUCGUGCGUAGUUCAAAGUUCCGCCACGUGUACGGGCAGCCCCUGAAAAGGGAACAGUGUUAUGACAACAUCAGAGUGUCGAAGAGUUCAUGGGACUCGACAUUCUGUGCGGUGAACCCCAAGUUCCUGGCCAUCAUCGUGGAGUCCGCUGGCGGCGGUGCCUUUAUAGUACUGCCACACAAUAAGGUUGGUCGUAUCCCGGCGGAUCAUCCGCUGGUGGGCGGACACAAGGGCCCGGUGCUGGACAUCGCGUGGUGCCCCCACAACGACAACGUCAUCGCUAGCGGAUCAGAGGACUGUGUCGUCAAGGUAACCAAAUUUUUUACGAAAAUAAAAUUGUUAUUUGCAAACGCAUACCGCAGAGAGCGCGCGCUCGUUGUGCAGGGCGGGUACGUGUCGGGGCGCGCCGCCACGCAGCUGCACUGCGUGAAGAAGGCCAACGCGCUGGCCGCCGCCAAGGAGAAGGACCGCUCGCCCACGCCCGCGCACCGCCGCGACGACAGCCAGGCCGGCACGCCCGCCUCCGCCACGCCGCCGCCCUCCGUCAGCGCCGCCGUGGAAAAACAGUUAUCCGACCUGGUGGACGAGAUUCGCAAGCUGAAGUCGGUAAUAGUGAAGCAGGAGAACCGCAUCCGCGCGUUGGAAGCCUCGGUGAAGGCGAGCCUGUCUCCCCCGUCCCCCGUGCCGCCCCCCGCCGCGCCCGUAGCGCCCGCCGCGCCCGCGGCGCCCCCCUCCCCGCCCUCGCCGCCGCCAAACCACGAAGCCGAGGACGCGCUGGCGCCCGACGAGGUCUGAACCGGCGCCCUUGCCACCCCGCUUUUUUCAUCACGGUUCGGUAAGUGUACUGUAGUUGUAUUGGCUGGAGAGUAACAUACUUGUUGACUCUUCAUCGAUUUAUUAUGGAAACAAAUUUAACACAGUAGCGGAUUGUAAUGCUCUUUUUGAACGUGUAGAAAAAACAAAUCAUGACACAAAAACAGGUUAUAAAAGCGAGAUGCGACUAUGAAGUUUGUAAUAAUAUUUGACGUAACAGAGCGAGUGUCCGCUGCAUAAAUGUCAACGAUGUAAUUUUUGCUAACAUACGCAAUGUGUAUGAUUUUCUCCUACUGUACACUCGCUGUUCAACAAAAUAGGACCUAAUCGGUAUUUAACGAAAUAUAUUUAUUUAAACGUGGCCUCGUCGUUGAAAAUUAUUUAAAUAAAACUAAGUCCAUGAAUCGAGCUAGUCUCGAUUGAAAGUACGAGAGGCGCCGGUUGAUACUGUGUUUUAACGAUGUGCCUUGUUAGUGCGAAGAAUAAUUACGUUUUAUACAUUUUAAAUUAAGAUUUAUAAAAAGUUUUUUUCUAUAGAACAGUGUCAACUUAUUGACUACAAUGAAAAAUCAUAACAUUUUUCUUAUCGUCACAUUCGAUGACGAUGACCAAGUUGUUGAUUUUAAGAAUAAAUUAGUUUUCUAUAAAGUGCUCAAAGUAUGGCCAGUCCUCUAUUAUAAUAUGAUCUUUUUAUAAUUAUACAUAAAUGUUAUAAAUAAAAAUUAAUAAAAAUUUGUGUGAUUUUCAACCUCGCCUGCAAAUGUGUUAGGAGAGUUGAAAAUAUAAAUAUUUUCGUAACAUAUAAAAACUAUCUUUGCCUUUGUUCUAAAAUGUUUUGAUAUUUCAUUGUUCUAUAUUUAUUUGUAUGGGAAUUGUAAAUACUAAGUUUUAAUGUGAAGUGAUACGCAGAUAUGUGCCUUAUGUUCACUAUAAUAAAAACGCAAUUCGGUAGUGUUUAGUCACAAAUGUAACAGAAUUGGUGAUGUAUAUUUUUGCAUUUAGUUUUGAUACAUCGUUUAGAUAAGUACCGUAUUUAUUUCAGAGUCUGAAUUUUGUAUCUUUAGUACAGUUAGGUGGGUAAAUGUUUUGACACAAAAAAAGUGAAUACUGAAAGUUGGAUUCGUACUGUCUUCUAAGUUGAUGACCAAAUUUAAUAUCCACCUUAAAGUAUUUUACUCAGUCUAUUAUUUAAUUUGUCAGCUUUUAUGUAUUAUUACGUUUAAUGGUUAAUCUCUUUAGUCUCAAAUUAAUUUAAAACUUAAAUGACUGUAUACUUUCGAAGACUGAAAUUAAAAAUCCAACAA